UGAUGGUUUGAUCUCAAGCGGGCCUGGGAGGGGAAUAUCCGAGAGGAAAGGACCGACGAAAGUAAUUCAGGGAAAGGGGGAAAGCAGAAACGCAGUCUCCCUGUCGCCUCCAACUCUCCGGUUGUAUCAGAGAAAAUGUGGAUGAACUUGCCCCAGCCGUGUCGGCAGCAGCGAGUCAUACCGUCCGCAUGAGCUCACACCGUGUGAAGUUGUGGAUUUACCGGUGCGUUUUUCUGACCUGGCGGUGGACAAGCUAAGGAUGGAGACUUUGCAAAGAGGCGCUUAACAUGUGACAGACAAAAGGAAGCAUUUGAAAUAUGACAGAUUUGUCUGCUAAACACCACUCGGAGGGAACUUCAAAGUCCUAAAGCAACAGUGACUGACACACCACCGAGAGAGACGAGGAUUUCCCAGAGAACUGAAGAGCUACAUAAACACUACCACACAAAUGUGGAUCUACAGAAACAAUAGUUGUCAAAUAAUCUGAAAAACACAAAGAUCACAGAUAAAAACACAACAUUUGUAUAGCCAUGUCUGACCAUAAAGACAUGACUCAACGCCACCUGCGGCACAAGCUGCAGAAUCUUGGCCGAAGACUGGAUGAACUGGAAGAAGCCACCAACAAACUGCAGAAGGCUGAAGAUGAGCUCCUCGACCUGCAGGACAAAGUAAUCCAGGGAGAUGGCAGCAACUCAUCCCUGCUUGGAGAUGUGGAGGACUUGAGGAAACGUCUCCUAAAGAUCCAGGGUAAGGACGAGGAGGUACGCAAAGCCGAGGAUCUCUGCCGUACAGUCAGAGAGAAACUGGAAGAGGAGGAGAGCCUGACACAGGAGCUAAAGGCAGAAAUCGAACGUAUUCAACAGAGGAUGGCCGACCUGGAGAAACUGGAAGAAGCUUUUGGCAAAUGUAAGUCUGACUGCAGCCAGCUCUGCCUAAGCCUCAAUGAGGAAAAGAACUUGACCAAAAAGCUCUCAUCUGAGUUGGAGGCCCUCAAAGCCCGUUUGAAGGAGGUGGAAGGGUCUGAGACAAAGCUAGAUAAAGCAGAGCAGGCUUUGACUCAUGAGCUUGAGAAACUCAAAGUAUUCACCCAGAACUUUAUGAGUGAACGUAAGAGGCUAAUAGAGAAGCAAAGGGAGGACGAGAAGAUCAUUCUGAAGCUGACAGAAAAAUUGGAGCAACAGAAAAAUCGCCUCGGUAUGUCGGCAGACCCUGGUCGUGCAGAUUUCAUGAGAUCACGAAUUGAGGAUGAGCUUUCAUCCACAGGGCUCCUCACGAGUAAACUAGCUGGACGCAAGAAGAGCCUUGAAUACUUGAAGCUUGCUGAUGACAACAUUGGUCUUGUGAACAAAUCUGAGAAUGAGAAGAAUAGCGGUCUCGAACAGGAUGAGGACAACAAAGUAAAGGAGCUGACACAAGAAGUGGAGAGGCUGAAGAACCGUCUUAAACAGCUGGAGAUAGUGGAGGGGGAUCUAAAGGACUCGGAGUCCAAAAAUGGCGAGCUUCAUGAGAAGUUUCAGUUGGAAAGAAACCGGGCACGCCAACUGAGCGAGCAGGUGGAACAGCUCAGGACGCAGCUGGGCGGAAAGGGUGGAACUGGAAGAAAUGGAACCAGUAACGUGGAUAAACACGGUAAUGGAAGCACUAACGUUUGCCCUGCCAAGGUCCUGGAGAAUGGCAAAGCUGAGAAUGAAGAGAUUGUGAAGGGAGGUUUCAGGCAAGAGAAGCCGAAAUAUAGGUGUGCUGCAACUGUCUCAGAGCCAAGUUCCCCCAAACACAGGAACAGGGAUCUCUCCCCUCAGAGUAAGAGGGAGCCCAAGCUGCGGAAAGAUCUGAGCCACUCAGAGGAGAGCUCUCCUAAAUCUGUGAGGAGAGCCCUCAGUCCUGCUCAAAGGAGUCGAAGGACACCCAAAACCCCAACUACUGCGAUUUCAUCUGGUAACGGAGUAAGAGACACAGGACGAGGGACCGAGGAAAAGAUAAGAGGAGCCACUGCAAACGCAUCCUCCAGUGAAAGUAAGAAAGCGUCCGUUCUUAGUCGCUACCCUCCAGCAGCUCAUGACCAGAAGCCCCUGAGGACUGCUCAUAAACAGACUGAAGGGGAGAUUAAAAAGAGCAGAGGAGAAAAGUUAUCAAAAUUGUACCUAGGUAGCGAUAGUGAAUCAAACAACUCGGACGUAGUGCCUGACAACUCCAGUAACAUCAACAGUAUCUCUGCUUUAGAUAAGGACACAGCGUCCUCAGAUCAGGAAUCAACAGACCAGGUUCCGCCAUCUGUAUCAGUCGCUGCCACCCUGUCCAAAGCCAAUGGAUCCUACUCGGCCUAUCGGUCCCAAGUCACUCCACUGCUGUCCAACGACCAGGGAUCCGAGGGUCAUUCAUCUGCCUCUGAAACAGAAUCUACUGGUUCAAGGCCCUCUGAACCCGAGCCUGUAACUGAGGCGACUACUACAACUGUAAGCAGUAGGACCUCCAUCUCCAGAUAUCCGAGAUCCUACCCUGCCCACGACUCGCAUUCGGAGGGUUCUUCUUCCAGGAGCUCGUUCGAUGAGGAGGUCCACCGAUCUCUGUUCCCUGAGGUAGGCCAAAUGGGGACAGCGCAUACAGCAUCAGGGAUUGAGAUCCAGCGGGUGUGCAGCCCACGCGAGGCACUGAGGUCAAAAGCUGUCAUCAAGCCUGCGAUCGUCGAGAUUGACAGGAAGGAAGUGAUGAUUUCAGAACCUUUGUCUACAAAUGGCAAGCCCAAAAUCUCCACCAAACCUAUGGUGACCUCUACCAGUAAAAUGACCAGUAGUAUAACCAUCUAUCCCAAUGACCCAAGCUCUUCCAGAACCAGCAGCCGCAGCAGCAGUGUGUCCAGUGAGCACAUGCCGUUCAAAGAACGCCACACCUCCACCAGCAACAUCGUCAUUGGCCCCAGCAUUGAGCACCGUGGCAGCAUCUCUGUCCCAUAUGAGAUCUCCAUUCCCAAAAGUGACAUCACCUUGCGGACGUGCCAGCAGGACCAGGACUGUAGGGUGGAUGACCUGAGCGAUUUCUCAUACAGGUCCAAACAUCACAACAGAGUGGAGACCACCACCAGCAACUUUAGCCUUCAGUCCCCAGACCCCACCUCGGGAGAUUUUAAUGACACAGAGUCCGGCUCCGAAAGCAGCAGCAGCACCACGGUCACCGGCUGGAAACACCAAAGACAAAACCAGCACUCCCAAGAAGACAGUUUACCAGAGAUGAAGAAUGUGACCGUCAGAAGCACCUGGAAGAACCGGAGCCCAGCGUUGGUGGACGAGACAGGCCGGGGAAGAGGGGGUGCAAGGACGAUGGCUGACGGCGAGUUGGAGGAUGAAACAGAAACUGCAACAACAUGGAGGGCUUACCGGGCAACCACCUUCGACACAGAAGAAACGAUUAACAGCGGAGCAGGAGCUGGUGGGAAUGCUGAGGCACUGAAGGAAGUCAAGCCGACCCCUGCACAGGUGUACAUGCGUAGGAUCAAAAAUGUGACUGCUGACCCCAGGGAACUUGAUGAAUCAGUGCUUCGUCGAGGAAAAGGUUCAGACUGCCCCACCAUGGAAGCACGAGGCCUGGGAAGGGUCAUACCCCACACACCUGUUACCGCUCAGUCCUGGGGCCGAUCCUACACACAACAACCACAGGCUGCUGAUAGCACAGAGCCCAGUCCAAACCCGGGCCACAGUCCAGCGUCCUGGAGGCGGCAGGUACCCAGCAGCGACUCUCACCACCUGGGGAGCUCUUACGACCGGGCGUCCAAGACAGCAGGGGCCUCCUCAAGAGGGGAUCUGUGGUCCAGUAGGGGUCAAGGGUCAGGGGCCAGAGCCGAAGGGAGGAGCAGACCGUGGAGCCAGCGUCCCUCUGAGCAAUAUUAG